AUGGAGGGCUAUCUACGGACAGCUUGGACGACGCAGCGACGCCAUGAGGGUGGGCUCGAGGGAGAAGAAAAGGACAGGGGAGGAGGAAAGGGAAGCAUGACGCCGGAAAAGGAGGUUGGGGGACCCUUCCCCUGUACUCCACCUCCACUAACCUUUGGCCCAACCCAACUGCCCCGCCGCGCCGCCUCGGUAAAAGACCUCGACGGCUCCGACCUCCAUCGCCACCGCAACCUCAACCCACCUUCCUCCCUCCUCCGCCGCUGCGCCACUUCCCAUCAGCGUUCCUCCCACUGGCGCAUCCCCGAGCCCACCUCCGCCUCCGCCGUCCGGGCCGCGAUGCGCCUCCGCUCCCCACUAUCAUCCGUCCCCGCGAUUCGCGGCGGCGGCCAGGCUGCGGACGCCGACUUCCUGCUUGACUCGUGGCUCGGGGCACUGCGGGACCUCGGUGGCGACCGCGGGUGGCAGCAGCCAGGCAUCGGGAAGAUCCGAGUCGACCGGGCAUUGGAUCGAGCAUGUCGGGUUGUCGGGGUGGUGACACUGUGCACACCAAAUGGAUACGGCGAUCUCAUUCUGAAUCUGAAGGACCCAUCUGGCACUAUUGAUGCAUCAGUUCACAAGAAAGUUCUCUCAAAUGAAAACCUUUCAAAGGGUUUAUCAGUUGGGUCUGUCAUUGUUCUCAAACAGGUGGCUGUUCUUCGCCCUUCUAGCACAGUGUGCUAUCUGAAUGUUACCCAGAAAAACGUUGAGAAGGUGCUGCAAAAUGACAGUGUCUCCCCAUGUAAGCAAGCAGUUCCAUCAAGUAAUUCUGAAAGGCAAAGCCAACAGCCUGGCCAAGGAGAUAACAUGGAAAGGGAAGCUCGAGUUGAAACAUCUGAUGGAAUGACAGCGAUCCUCAGUAAGCUCUCGAGGACCAAGGAUGGUCAGAUAGUCGUCUUGUGCGAUAAUGGUGGUGCAGCAAAAGCUGUUAAUAGUAGUAGUCUGAGAACGGGCAAAGAUACUCAUGAUGUACAAAAUCAUCACGAGAAACGGGUGGAGCAAAUGGAUUCAAGUUCUCAAAUAAAGAAUUUGCCAGGCUUCAGCACCAGUCAGCAGCUGCAGAAAAUCUUUUCUAGCAUGAAUCCAGCUAAUUGCCAGCUGAAACAAGGAGUAAGCGUACCCAAGUAUGGAAUAAGCAGUGAAGCUGAAAGUUCUGCUGACGAUAUAAUGAGAAAAUUGACAGGUGGUGAAAUGAUGGUUCCCAAUAACAAGGAGACAACUGUUGCCGAGGGUUCUCGUCGUAAUUGUCGAACACAUGGUGCAAGCAACAACACUUCGAGAAUGGACGUCCAUGCUUCAGAAAAGCCCCAGGAGAUUGGACUUCAAAAGAUGGUACAAGACCACUCCCGCAAGCAUGUAUCAAACAACAAUAGGGAUGAGCAUCAGCAGGAAAACCCGGGUGCAGACACAAGAUGCACAGCGCCGAUUCUUGGUGGAAGCUCAGUUAUGGCUGGAAGCAGAGACUGUACGCAAACUUCCUGUACUGGAAAUCUGAGGCAACUCUCUGGCGAUGAAUUGAUGCAGCCAAGUAGUAAAAAACUUAAGAGUGAUGCGAUGCUUUCCGAUGGCAAUGGUCUGGAUGACAUACCAGAUGAUUUCCUCGUUGGUCACAAUUCGAUCAGGAAGCCUGAGCAUCAGCAAAAGGGCAUGCAAAAGGGCAUCCAUGCCGCAAGUGCGGGUACCCUCCAGUCAACUCAAGAAAAUUGCUCAAUAUCUGCCACUGGCGGAACACGACCUUCCAGUCAUAGGAUGGUUUCAGUGUCUUCUGUGCCAGAAUGGACUGAUGAGCAACUUUCUCAACUUUUUGAUGACUACUAACACCGGAGUUAGUAGUCAGUUUGAUGUUAUCUCAAGGGUGUGAUGUUAUCUCAAGAGUUAUGAUACUCGAGCGCAAUUAUGGCAACUAUUUACGAAUAGCAGGCAACUGUGCAUCAAUGGUAGGCAACUGAACAUCAACCGUAGGCAAUUGAUCAUCAGUAAUAGGUAACUAAGCAUCAAAAUUGAGCAAUUUCACAGUAUUUGUAGCCAACUGAGCAUCAACCAUAGGCAAGUGAUCAUCAUUAAUAGGCAACUAGGCAUCAAUGUUUGGCAAAUUCAUAAUAUCUGUAGGCAAUUAAGUAUCAACCGCAUGCAAUUACUUGUA